GCGAGGUUUCACUUAAAAAUAACGCGGGACCGUUUGAGAAGCGAAUCCGUUGAAACAGACAACAGAAGGCAUGUAGCAGAGGAUGAGUAAUAUUUUUUUGUUGGAAGCUGAAAUAAACGACACUGACCUCAGUUUAUCACCCCUUGUUUGGACUCAUCGUUGUUGGGAAAACCAUUCGGCUGACACUUUUGACGUUUAACUAUUCGCAAACGUCUGUUAGCUACGCUCAGCUAAUCAGCUGACUCAAUGGAUCCCACGGAGGACUUGUCUGCUCGGGUCCUGCUGAAACAUAUUCUCACCACCGAGCCACCAAGGACGCCUGUCACAAGCAGUGAUUCCCAGGAACCGAGUAGCAGCGGGGCCCGGAGCAGUAGUAGACUCAGCAAGAAAGAUGCUGGUGCCCAGACUCCUCAGGAGAUCCUGAGGCGCAGCAUGAGACAGAAGCUUCAUGAGAGUAUAACCAGAAAAUAUCUCCUGGCCACUAAAAGGAGGACUACCUCACUUGUGCUUAAAAAGAUAAACAUGCCUGCCACAUCUUCUUCAGUACUGAUAAAUGAUGGAGACACUCCUAGACACGUACUCAUGAACGUCUUGCGGACAGAGCCGGUGAAAUCCCCUGUGGUUCAUGCGAAAGGGACCUCUGAAGAGCCAGAGCCGCCUUCGGCCAACUCCACCAUCUCCAGAGCACGUCCUAGUAUGGAGCUGUCAGGGCUGGACCUGCCUGAUGUAACGAUUGGCCAUGCAGCCAGCACUGCAAAGGGACUGAGCCGAAAGAGACCGCGCAGGAGUCUUAACGUAACAGCUUUUGAAAAACGACUUAAAGCUGGAGAUGAUACUGGUGAGGAAACUGAGGAGUCAGUAGAUGACAAUUCAUCACUAUCUGUGUUGAGCUCCACUUCCUUGACUUUAAAGACACCCUUCGUUGAUGCAAAGACUGAGAAAAGAGGCCUGCAGAGAAGAGUUUCUAAUCGUCGAAAAAUCUCAGAUGAAGAAUUUGGUGCUGCUGUAGAUAAACGGCAGAUGAGAGGUGUGAGCAGCUUUGCACCAGCGCAGCAGGACUUCAGUGAGUCUGCUGAGUCUGAGGGCAUCACUUUGGGCCUAAGCAAACUUAGCGAACCAGAUAUCACAGCUGAUAUUGUGAACUGCAACACUGCUCUCUACGCCCAGCCUGAGGCCAUGACCUCCAACUUUUCCACUGUUGCGACUCAGGACAAACCUACAGUCAUGGCAUCUCAACUGCAGAGGGAGAUGGAGCUGAAGAAGCAGAGCAAGCUGGAAACUGACCAACUGAUGGAUGUAUUUCCAAGUGAAGAUGAAUCUGAAAAGAAGGAAGGGAGGAGAACAGUUUAUGGUCAACCUGAAGAUGUUGCAAUGGUGGCAAAAUCUGCGGGAGAGGAAGAUGUAGUUGAAUCUCAGACUAGUGUAAGUGACGCAGCUCAAUUUGAAGAAGGUGAGAACCGAGUAGAAGCUCAAAGUGAAGAGGAACAUGUCCCUGAUUCUCAACCCGAAGACGGUAUUGAAGCAGGGUCACAGGCAGAGGAAGAGGAGGCUGCAGCAGACUCUAAAACUGAAGAAGAGGAGGUGGAAGUUGUAGUUGACUCUCACAGUGAUGGAGGUGCAGCUGAUUCCCAGUCUGAAAAGGGUGAUGAAGCAGGUUCUCAAUCUGAAGAGGAUGAGAAUCUGGCUCAGUCUCAGACUGAAGAAGAAGAGGAGGAGGGUGCAGGAGAAUCUCAUACUGGUUUUCAGUCUGAAGAGGAUGAUGAAACAAGUUCUCAGUCUGAGGAAGAAGAGGUUGCACCAGACUUUCAAACUGAAGAAGAGGAGGAGGAAGGUACAGCUGGAUAUCAAACUGAUGAAGCUGCAGCAGCCCUACCUGAAGAGGAUGUUGAAGUUAGUCCUCAGUCUGAGACAAAUGAGGACGUGGCCAUGUCUCAGGAUGAAGACGAUUGUGAGCUCAUCAACAGUGAAAAGGGAGAGGAGGCAUCAGAACAGCUGCAACAUGAUUUGGAACACGUCAGCCGAAGGGCUCAUCUCUCUGAGGGUGGUCUCAUCAUGCCUGUUAAUGAGGCAGCAGAAGAUUUCACUAAUGCCACAGUGGCAGGAUGUUUUGAUGCCAAGUCCGAAGCACAGGGCACUCUUGAUCUGCACAGCAGCUUUGAAAUCGGGAGCCUUGAGAGUGGUCAGGCUCAUGCUAGAGACCCUGACUUGGUCGAAUCUUCAACAGAAGGACAGGCAGGUGCCUCUGGGACAGAGAAUAAGCCUGAUGCUGACAAGGAGAACUCAUUUCCUCCUCCAGAGGGAACAUAUGACAUCGAAGAGGGUGGGAGUGAAGCUUUCUCUGAAGAAGCUCCAGAUCAGGAUGCUGUCGAACCAGAAGAAGAAUCAGAGGAUGAAGGAGAUGAUGAAGAGAAUGAAGAAUUCCCCUGCAAGACUCCAUUUUUCGUCAGAGAGAAAAUGAACUUGAAUCGCCCUGAUCCAUUGUCAUCACCUUCUGUUUUAAAAAAUGUUCAGGCCAGUACCAGUGGUACAAAAGAAUCUUUACCAGCAGCUAAACCUAAGCAGAGGCGAGUGAGGAAGACGAGCAUGUCCAAGAAGGAAACAGCCCUUCCUAAGAGCUACCUCAUGGGCGUCUUCAAGCACUUUGCCAAAACAAAAGUCUCUGCAGAUGUUUACCCUGUCCUGAAUGAAAUAAUGGAUAAGUUCUUUGACCGGCUAGCUGAGGAUUUGGAGACAUAUGCUCUCCACGCAAAGAGAAAAACCAUAGAGAUCGAGGACGUUGAGCUUCUACUGAAAAGGCAGGGUUAUGUGAAUGACAAGGUGCCAGUGGAAGUGCUUAUUGAAAAAUAUCUUCGCAUGGACCAGCGAAGGGUCCUAAUCCCCGUCGCAACCAGUGGAAAUGUUGUUAUCCCUGCAAAGCGCAGGUGAAUCUGUCAUCUCCUGCAGCUGAACAAUGUCUUCAUUUAAUUGGAACAGAAAUGCUUCUGUAAAUUAGUAAAUUAUAUAUAUUUUUUCUCUUAUCUGUAUUGUACUGUGUGAUCGCAAUAUAUCUGUGUGUAAUGCAUGCAUUGGUUUGUGGACAACUGUACUUUUGUCACUGUUAAUAAAGUUUUCAUGGGUACAAAUGUGUGUGCCAACGUUUCUCUGACGGUAUAAAACAAUGUAGUGCCAAAACUUGUA